AUGAAUACAUCAUCGUCUACCGCUACUGCUACUGCAGCCAUCCCCCAUCAUAACCACAUCAACGGCCCCAAAGUCUCUUCACAUCAACCCUCUUUGACCUCCCCUCCUCCCGCCUACACACCACACACCGCACCAGACCUUGCUCAGCCGCGGCAAAUGCAUCAACAAUUCAUCUUGGGCCGUCCAACCAUGGCUGAAGCCAUCAUGUCGGCCAUGGCUACCGAAGAUGAGGAUGACCAGGAGGAAGAGAACAUCUCCCCCAUCAGCCUUCGCAUCAACACCUCUGUCCUCAUCUCCAAGAACAACAACCUCGUGUGUCUCACAGAUACGCCAGCCAGCCAUGCCAACGCCAUUGCCAGGGCCGUCGUCAAGGCCAUUCAGGAGAAUAGCUCCGGGCAGUGCGGCAUCCCCAUGAUUGACGAAGAUGGCCGGCCUCGCCCCAUCAAGAUUGAGGUCGACGCGGGCAUCACGGUUGAGGGCUCUGGGAAUAUCGUCGGCAACGAGGACAUUGUCAACCAGGUUCUUCGUCAGCGUGGGCUUACACGCAAGAGGGGCGCUGAUGAGGAUGAGAAUGAUUUGUCUGCUCCACCAACAAAGCGCCGCGCCAGCAGCAGCAAUUCUCCUUGA